AAAGGUUUGGUUCUGGAGAAAUGUUUGAUCAUAUGGCUCACUAUUAUGAUGAAAUGAAUCGUUUGAUAUCUUUGGGUUUGGAUAUGUCUUGGAGACGUUCCGCUGUACGUCAUCUAACUCUUCUUCCACCACAUAGUAAAAUAUUGGAUGUUGCUAUGGGAACGGGAGAUUUGAGUCUAGCGUUGUUACAACAACGUCCUGAUUAUCAUAUUGUGGGUAUUGAUCCUUCUGUAGAAAUGUUGCGUCGAGCAGAAAAGAAGUUGUCACGUUAUGCAUCGUCGGUUACUUUUCAACAAGGGGUUGCAGAAGAGUUGCCUUUUUCAGAUGAUACUUUUGCAGCUGUGAUGGUUGCUUUUGGAGUUCGUAACUUUGAAGACAGGAAGAAAGGAAUAGCAGAAAUGAGUCGAGUGAUGAGUCGAGAUGCCAAGUUGGUCAUCCUGGAACUUGGAUAUCCUGAUAGUGACCCUCAUGGAUGGAGGAGGUGGUUGAAUAGGAUUGCCGAGUCAUUUAUUCGAUAUGGGGUUCCUUAUUUAGGUAUGAUAUUGACUGGAAGUAGAGAUGAAUAUCACUAUUUACAACAAAGUAUGUAUUCAUUCCCAAAUGCGACAACAUUUCAACACUUUUUACAAACGGAAUGUGUUAUCCUCGAUUGGAUUCCAUUGAUUCUCCACGACGAUUCUUUGUGUUGUGAAAUGGAUAAACCAACUUUCCGGGAGCAUGAGUAUAUAGAAAACCAUUCAAGACAUACAAGUUUCGAAUCACCUAAACAAAGACACGGUAACUUUAUUUCAAAGGUCCUCGACUUGAGAAAGAGUCAACAAAGGGAUAGAGAAAAGGAACAAGACGACAACUUAUCAGACAACCGUCACUCGGAAUAUAAAAGACAUCCCAACGCACACUCUUCAGUUGGAGGGAUUACUUGUCACGACGAAAAUAUCAUAAAGGCACAAAGGUCAGUCGUAUUUGAACUCAUCAAACAAGUAGGGAAGAACGUCAUCAUGGGAAGAGACUUACUUUACGUGACUUUUCCUAUCCAAUGUUGUGCUCCAGAAUCUGCUUUACAAAGAUUUGCUUAUGCAGCUUCUUAUGCGCCCUCCUUUCUAGGAAAGGCAGCAAGACAAACUCACGACCCUUUAGAAAGAUUCAAGUGGGUGCUUGCUUUUUAUAUUGCAGGAAUGCAUUGCACUUGUGUAUUUAUGAAACCUCUCAACCCAAUACUUGGCGAAACAUAUCAAGCUCAAUUGGACUCGGAGACCAUGAUUUAUGUCGAACAAAGUAGUCACCAUCCUCCUGUCACCCAAGUUUUGGUAACAGGCCCUGGAUAUCGUUUCUAUAGUUGGGUAACCUAUUCUGCCCACUUUCGAUAUAACCAUAUCAAAUUGGUACAUACAGGAUUUCGAGCUGUAUAUUUUGAUGAUGGAACAAAAAUCAUUUGGGACAACCCAUAUGAUAUUUUUAAUGGAGUAUUUUGGGGAAGUUAUCAUCAAGAAACAUUGGGUCAACUCCAUUUCCAGGAUGACAAAAAUGGACUCUAUUUGGAACUCCAAUUGGGUAAUGUGACAAAUCAUCCAUCGGAUUACUUUCAAGGUACCAUUUUUUCAUUCGAGUCGACUCAUCAGAAGAAGAAAAAGAAGGAUAGUUUACCUGUUGCUAAGGUAAAAGGUUCAUGGCUUGGGUUUUUGGAAGUGGAUGGAGAAUGCUAUUGGUCAUUGGCACAUGAUGAGAAAGCAUAUCCUACUAGUGUGGAUAAGAGAUAUCUACUUGCCAGUGACUCUACGUUUCGUGAAGACUUGUUGUACUUAGAAAAGGGUGAUUUAGAGACUUCACAACAGAAGAAAAUAGAAUUGGAAGAACAACAAAGAAAUGAACGCAAAUGGCGAACCAAAAAGACUCGUACAUUUUCCUUUUUACAUCCUUUUCAGAAAAACGGUUAAUUUUGUGAGGUAACAUUUUUGGAUAAAAUUGUGUGUAUAUUCUUCUUGUAC